AUGUUCUUCAUAUCGAAGCUGGUUGAGAAAUUCGUUGCUUGGGCCGGAAAGCCCAUUUACUGCUUGCUCUAUGGACGCGAUAAUGUGGACUCCUGGUGGUUGCGGCCCGUGCGUUAUCUCCUCAAUUUCCUGACGGGCAUCGUCUUGGGCUAUUUGCUGUGGCUACUGCUUGGCUUUGGCGCUAAUUUCGGUAAAUUAUUGACAAGCUUCAUGUCGCACGGAAUGGUACUGUUGGUAUUCAUCAUGUGCUGCGGACUCUUCUAUAUGCUAAGUCGCAAUAUGCGUGUGUUAAUAUUGUUGAUGUUUGUCAGCCUGCUCGGCAAGGCGGGUCAGAGCUAUCUCCGAGCGGUGGCCUUCGCCUUUGUCAUUGCGGGGCCCAUUGCCAAUCUGGUGAAGAAUGCGGACGAGGUGGCUCGUGUGUUCGCCUGCACCACAUUACUCACCUACAAUCUGACCAAGACGCGCUUCGAUCUGAUGGCCAAGCCUUUUACCAAUACGCUGCAAACCAUGAGGGAAGACUUGGACGAGAUACAAGGCAAUUUCAGGGAGUUGCAGACUAUUCUAGACGAUCUCAAAUACGGCGUGGAAAAUACAAAUAUUGAGGAUGACAAAUUUGGCCAAAAGAAAGAGCGAAGAGCUGCCAAUGCCAGCGAAUCAACUGUUAGCAAUUCCAGCUCUCAGCUGCCCAAAGCUUCGGACGUGCAGGCGAAAUUUGUGCGCAACAUGCGAAAUCGCUGCAAGCAUCAGCUGCGCAGUGGACAUCACGUUUGCCAGGAAAUAUUCCUGAAGGGCUAUCGCAAGUGCACUGCCAAUUUCCCUGACUGGCUAGCCGCAGUCUUAUGUUGGCCCUAUCGUGUCGAUGUCAUAUGUAAAAUGAAUAUGUUUGGCAAUCCGGACAAGGUGUGCGAUGCCUCAAAGGUUGUGCCGCCCGCAUUUGGCGAGACCUACGUAAAGCUGUUGGUCACUGAGCAGGAGCUGUACGACAAUAACUCUAAUAUUGAGAUAACCUAUCAGCUGCACAACAUAACGACAUCAGAGCAGCUGCUCAGCGCCAAAGAGACAUCCGAGCAGUUUAUGAAUGAGUUCGAUCAGAAGAAACGCAGCUUUCAGACCGUCAUGUGGAUAGUUGAGAAAUUUAUGUACUUGUUCGUUCUGAUCGUCAUAUACACGUCGAUUAAAUACCAAUAUCUGUACUGUACGGACUUGGAGUACGACAAUGUCUACAUAACGGACUACUUCAAGCAUGUGGAUGAGCGUCGCAAGCGCGAAAGGAAACGUUCUGUACUGCCCUUACGCAGCCAUGAGCAGCCCAUGUUUGCGGGCUCAUCGAGAAGGGGCGUGGCUCGGUCUAUGAGUAUUUUCAACUUCCUGCACUUGUCACUGGAAAUAGUGACAGCGGGUAUAUUCCUUGUGCUCGAUCAUUUGGUCGUUAGUCUGCUGCAGAUAAUACAUCGGCGAUCGCUGAUCACCUAUCGCCAGCAGGGCGAGCACGAGGUGCGCUUUCGAAUCAAUGGCACUGGGCUAAUGGCUCGUCUGCUGCGCACCACAAUGAAAAACUUCAACAUACACGAGCACGUCUCCACGUCCCUGAGCAACGAGGAGUGCCUGCCCGUGGCUCAGGUGCUGCCCAAAAGAUUUUACAUCGAACUGCUGCUAAUUUACCUAAUGAUCGUAGUGCUGAUCUAUGGCAGUGCCGAUCUGCUCCAUUUGCGUCGCACCAUCUGCAGCUUUUUCUACUACAAGCACGAAAAGAAGCGCAUUCUCUACCUGUACACAACAUUUCUGCGCUCUCGCCUCGACAACAGGGAGACACUCCUUAAGCUGGCCGAAGACAACUUAGCCCGGCGGCACAUACAGGGCAAAAUAAAUAUAUUUUUCAUAUUGCGCUUCAAGUUUCCGAAACACUUUGGCUGGCUGGAACGCUACAGUUGCGCCAAGCGCAAAUGCCUCAUCUGCAGUACGCUGGAGAACAACGAAUUCGUCCUCUGCCCCACCUGCUCUGCGCCCUAUUGCAAAUUGUGCUGUCGCGAGCUGAAAACCAUGUGCAUCUACUGUGGCAAUUUAAUAUCCGCAGAGGCUGAUAAUGCUGCCACCCUCGCGGCCAACCAGACCAAUCGCAAGGAAAAGUAGCUCACAAGAUAAGCAAGUAUCUUAGGAAAAGUGGCAGAUAAAGCGAAGAUAUAGAAGAAAUGUGUGCAGAAAACAGAUGUCCUAGCUACAGCAUUAUAUAU